GGAUGACUCAGCAAGUGUGGAGAGGAAAAUCGUUCGCCGGACUUCAUGGCAGGGAGCCAGGCUGAUAGAAGUGACUUCAUCCACUUUCAUUCCCUCUUUGACAGCCUCCGGUCAUUGAAGGGGUUCAUUCUCACUAUGCCGCCACGUCUCAAUAUUCUCACCGCAAGGGCGGUUCCCGUCCUUCGCCAGCCUUCGACGUCCGCUGUCAACGGUUCGGCCGCUGCCCGCCGCAGCAUUGCGACUAUUGUGAACGCCAACCGGCCAUCGACCACCAAUGGCCUGAAAUUCGUCCCUUCAGUUUCGGUGCGGAUGUCGCAGCGUUGGAACUCGUCUGGUAGCGAUGGAAAGGACAAGCCAGAGGGCUACAAGGGCCCAACGGAGGACCCCUUGCCCCAUGUCAGUGAAGAGGCCGCGGAGGUCAGCAAAAUCAUGGAUAAGAGAUGCGAUGGCGUUGCUUCCAGCCCGGAACUGGAGCAGGGAACACCGGUUUCCGAGAUCUUGCAGCGUGACAAGAAUGCCCAGAAGCAUGCCCCCAAGGUCAUGCAAGACCAAAUGAAGAACCAAUCGGGCAAGCGCUCGUUCUCAACAUCUGCUCGUCGCAUGGAAUCAGGUUUAGAGUCGACUAAUUUCGACGACGCUUCCGCCGCAAUGGUCGCCAACAUGGUUGCCGCCGUCAACGAGCAAGCGGCCGAGUUGCACUUUGGCGAAGGGCUCAAGUUCGAGAAGCCCACCAAGGCCAUGGCCAAGACUGAUAACUUCCGUUCUCGAUACGACUCAUUGCUGGAACAGUUCACGAAGCAACUUAUGCGGGAUGGCAAGCUGACCAAGGCUUACAAUGAUAUGUCCUUCAUUCUGGAUCACCUGCGGACUUCUCCCCCCCCUAACACGAGCAUGAAGCGACCGUUGCUUCCUGGCCCUUCGAGCUCUCAACUACCCCUCAACCCCGUCCUCUACCUUACCCUCAUAGUCGACUCCGUCGCUCCUCUGCUCAAGAUCCGCCAACAGAAAGGUGUUAUUGGUGGUGGUGCGUCGGUGCAGAUCCCUGUUCCCCUCGCUCUCCGACAGCGGCGGCGGCAGGCUAUCCGGUGGAUCAUUGAUUCCUCGGACAAGCGCCGGGACAGCAACUUCGCCAUGAGAGUUGCACAGGAGCUGGUUGCGGUUGCUGAGGGUCGCAGUGGUGUGUGGGAUCGCAGAGAGGCGGUGCACAAGCUCGGUAUUGCAGGUCGGUCGAACCUGGCCAAGCGGUGAAUGUUGCUUUGAAUCACGAGUCGAUUAUGCCAUGACCCAAGCGAUGGGGGGCUUCCCUCUAAAUACAUUCCAUGGGAUGGGGUUCGGGAAUUGGGCUACUUGCUUGGUUGGACGUUGUAUAUUUCAUUUUCUUCCCCGAUCUGUAUUUCUUACUUGCUACCAGUUAUUUUCAGCAGCCAAAUCAGUUCACUGUUUAGAA